AUGGCUCCGUCUGCCGUUGUAAGCGACACCGAUUCCAUCGAGGCCCGCACCGCCGCCAUCGUGUCCAAGGGGGCAUCGCACACCAAGCAUGGUCAUGAGCUCGUCAACAAGACGCCUUUGCAGGCCAUGUCUCACGGUGAUGUCGCCCUUGCUGGUAUCCCCAAGUUCCCCGACUUCGCCUCCCAACGUCAAUGGCAACUCGAACACAUGGCCGCUGCUUUCCGCCACUGGUACCGUGAGGACUACAUCGAAGGCAUGAGCGGCCACAUUUCCGUCAGGGACCCCGAGCACCAUGACGCCUUCUGGACGAACCCUCUCGGCAAGCACUUUGGUCUGCUAAAGGCCAGCGACAUGAUCCUCGUCAACCUCGACGGUGAGGUAAUUGGCGGCAACCGCUCCAAGCCCCCCAACACUGCUGGCUUCUUGAUCCACGCUGCCGUGCACAAGGCUCGUCCGGAUGUCCAUGCCGUGUGCCACAACCACAGCAUUCACGGCAAGGCUUGGUCAGUCUUUGGGCGCCGGCUGGAGAUGCUGACCCAGGACGCCUGCAAGUUCCGUGGCGAUGCUCACAGCGUUUAUAACAGUUACGGAGGUGUUGUCUUGGGUCCUGAGGAGGGUGAACUGAUCGCUCAGGCGCUGGGCCCCAAGGGCAAGGGCUGCAUCCUGCGAAAUCACGGCCUGUUGACGGUGGGGCACACCGUCGACGAAGCUGCGUUUUUGUACACUUCCAUGGAGCGCAGUUGUCGCGUGCAGCUUCUGGCUGAAGCGGCGGCGGCCAACGGUUUGGCAAAGGUCCCCAUUACGGAUGAAGAGGCGCAGUUCAACUUUGAUGUUGAGAGCGACCCAGAGAUUUGCUACUGCGAAUUCCAAGUUUACUACGACCUGGAGGAUGAGCUGACCAAGGGCGAUUUUAAGAACUAA